UUAUGACAGAGAUCGAAGACAUCACCGACCUCAUCGGAAAAUUUGGAAAAUGGCAGAAAAUGUUAUUUGCUUUUCUUUCGUACGUAACGGCGCUAUUGGCUUUCAACAAUCUCAAUUUGCCAUUUAUUAUACCAAAAAUAGACCAUUGGUGUGCCAGUCCCUACGAAUAUAGUAAUGUAUCUACCGAAAUGUGGAAGAAUCAGUCGAUACCAUUCGAAAUCGUAGAAGGAGAAUUAAUAUUUAGAAAAUGCGAAAUGUAUGAAAAACAUUUGGGGAGAAAUGCUACUUGGAACCAAUCCAUUAUUCCCUGUUCUACUUGGGAAUUCGAUCAUUCAAAAUAUGGAGAUACCAUUACUGAAAAGUGGAAUUUAGUUUGUAAUUAUUCCUGGUUGGAAUCGUUUGUCGGAUCCGUUCAUUUUUUCGGUUAUUUCAUAACUGCAUUUGUCAUUGGCCACAUAUCAGACAGAUUUGGAAGACGACCGGCGAUACUUUUAUGUAUUCUCAUUCACUCAAUAUUUGGAAUUGCUUCUAUUAUUUCUCCAUAUUAUUGGGCAUUUGCAUUGUUUCGAUUUCUUUUGUCCAUAGGGAGUUCGGGAUGCUCUAUUACCAGUUUCGUAAUUGCAACAGAAGCACUUGGACCUGAAUAUCGAGAACGUGCAGGGUUAUUUCUUCAGUUAGGAUGGAGUAUCGGGCACGUCGUUAUUCCUGGCAUUGCGUGGUUACUUAGAGAUUGGCAUUAUCUACAACUUGCGUGUACACUUCCUUACUUACCACUACUAUUCUUUUGGAGAAUUUUUCCGGAAUCUCCGAGAUGGUUGUUGACCCGUGGUAAAAUAUCAGUUGUAGAAAGUUUAGUGAAAAAAAUAACAGAGAUCAAUGGUAUUGACAUAGAUUCUUUAGAUGUUCAUAUUAAUAGAUUAGCAAAUAAAAAACAGAAGGAGGAAGAGAAAGUGAUGCGAAAUUAUACAUUUUUUGAUCUAUUUCGAAAGACUGAUUUAAGAAAAUUAACUGUCAUACAAUAUUUUAUUUGGAUCGUCUCACUAUUUACAUUUUAUGGAUUUAUAUUGAAUACUGGCAAUUUGGGAACAAAUGUCUAUCUGUUACAAUUCCUGUUCGGAUUAAUGGAGUUUGUCGCAUUAUUUUUACUACAAAUUUUUUCGACUCGUGCCGGAAGAAAGACAUUUUUGAUAGUUAUUUUCUCACUUACUGGAGUUCUAUCGCUGCUAACCACGGCCGUUCCAAAUGAUUUGAGUUGGCUAAAAGCAGCUUUGAUAGUUACAGCUAAAUUAUUUAAUACGACAAUUAUCGUAGUAAUGUAUAUAUUUACUUCUGAGUUAUAUCCGACUGUCGUUCGAAACGUCGGAAUUGGUUCUUGCAGUAUGGUAGGAGGAAUCGGAGCCAUUUUAGCACCUUUCUUGAACCAGGCUAAUUCAAAAGGCCAAUGGAUAAUACCUUUUGUGAUAUUGGGUAUACUGAACAUUGUUUGUGUUCCAAUAAUUUUAUGCUUACCCGAAACAAAAAAUAAAGUUUUGAAAGAUUUUCCAACGAGUUAUAAAUCCAAGAAAAAUAUUGAAAUGAAAAAUGAAACCUUGAAUGUUAUUUUGUCUAAAAACGAUGUCCUGAAAGCAAUUCCAUCGAAUGAUGAACGUCUAGAAGACAUUUUAACGAAAGUGGAAUGAAGAGAAUUACUUUAGAAAAUGUUCUUUAAUAAGUUUAUUGUAUAAAAAUCGAAAUUAAAAUUACAUAAAAUAUUUUAUUUUUAAUAUAAAAAUUAUUAUAUAGUUAAUAUACGUAUACUGUAUAUAUAUGUGCGUGUGUUAUGUGUAUAUGUGUAUAAGUACUAUUUAUCUUUAUGUUAACAAAUUUCUAUAAGAUAGGAUUUUUUUAAUGAAAAAGUUAAAUAUUUAAGUUAUAUUUUACUAUAACUUAAUUUUAAGACUUAUUUUUUAAAAUAAACAUUUGUUUUAGGAGUUUAAAAUUCGAUUACUGUUUCUAACUUGUAAAGUUUUCUGUUAAUUAACGGAACUUAAAAUAUAUGCUAUUAAUGAAAAAAUAUAUGAUUUAGAGUGUAUCCUCUUUUAUACAAUAUGCGUUGAUGAUUGUUUUCUUUUAUAUGACAAUAAUAA